CAGGUCAAUUUUGGGUUUAGGCCUAGAUUUAGCCGAAGGAAAUUUUAUAUCAAAAAAUGUACUGAGAUAAAGCGUUUGACGUGAAUUCUCGCUGAUAAGAAUCAGAGCCAGAGGCACAAAGUGGUUAGACGAGCCCAAAACGUCGCCGGUUUAAUGGAAGUGCACGAAAUUCAAUUUACAUUCCCUCAAUGUGAUCUACAUAUUGGGCGUUUCAGCUUAUAAAUAGCUAAGUUAUUUUGUUUUCAAUUUGCCUCCAUGGGUUAAGCUCCCAGUUUUCAUCUGCGUGUGUUUCCGAGAUAGACCUUUUAGAGAUUAAAAAUGGCUAUUGUUGCGGAGAAUUCCCACAGUGUUAAUUCUUGUCUUUUUCGAAAUAAAAAGGUGGUCUAAAACUGAAUUAUGCCUGGCCUGGCCAAGCAUUUUAUCCGACAUUAAUUAUUCAUGACGAGCUCUGACGUCAUAAAUAUGAAUAAUUGACAUGGACUACGGAACAAUAUGGCGGACGGCGAACCCAUUCAUUCUGUUUACCCGGCAUGAACUGUCGCUUUAGGAUAACAAUCAAAGACCUAUCCUGUUUCAGAGGCGUGUGUUUUGUUUCAAGACCGCCGCUUCAUAACGCAAUGAAACCCUGAAUCAAAUUGAAGGACGGGACGGUAGAAACAUGGCUUCGAAUGUCGAAGCGAACUGUCGCGGGAAGAAUAACAACAUUGGGUCAAUGCGGCAUGGCCUAUCUGGUGGACCAACAAGUCUUCCGAUCACAGAGGGCGAAGUUUUGAUUGAGAGUGAAUUUCUGGAGCUCAACAGCCAGCUCCACUACUCUAAGACGGUUCAUAUCUUAUUGACGGACGAGUUUGUUUUCGUUAAAGAGAUGAGGGACCGCAGAGAUUCUGAAGCGCGUGUGCUUCAGUGCGAAUCUGGCAAAAUUGUAACGAAAUUUCGUCGCUCAGAUGUAAGCGUCAAGGUGUGCGAGGGCUGCCCGUUUACUUUCAAAGCUAGAUGGAACAAGGAGACAUCAUUGUGGAAAACGUACGAGCUCUGUGGGAAAGAAGAAGUCUGGCCCAAAUGGCUGCGGAGUUUCAAUGUCGAAGAACCUCAAGGACGGUGCAUGAUUCCCUCUCACAGCAUUUGUGAAAUAGAGUGCGACUCCGACUCCGAUGAUGGUAGCGAUGACAAUGAUGGCGAAGACGUUCAAAUUCCCGAAUGCUCUUUUCCUCUGAGCGUCGAUCGAACGAUAUCCAUGUGGUCGAUGUCAAUGCUAAACCCGAGCAAUGUCCGCAGACUAGCCAUUACUCAACAUCACCGACCUUCGGUUUCCAGGCUUUCCAGGCUAGUGAGCAAUGGUUCGAGCGACGACGCACAGGAUGUUUUAAACGCAGGAUCCUUGUACCGAUCGAACUCGCAUCCUCGCGUAUCUCUCGUGAAGCCUUUUCGUUGUUCUUCGUUGCCACACGUUGGUGACCUGGAGAAUGUUCGAGUAGAUUCUGAUCUAAAAAAUCACGGAUGUAGAACCAGGGGUGAAACUAGCGCAGAUGACUCAAAUCACGCCCUGAGCUCAGAGGCGUUACUAGAACGAGAGGAUACACCAAAUACAACCUUAGCAACAUUGCAGCAAAGGGUUGAAAACCUGCGAGCACAUCCAUCCAAUCUUAAUUUUGUGAGAAGGGGUAAAGGGGAUGACCCACCAUGGGAUUCCCUGGCCACGCCCAGGUACCGCCGGAAACACUCCCUUAAUGUGGCCCUGACCAAUGAGGCCAAUAGGAUACCCAUGCCAUCAGACUCUGGCAUAAGAUUAGGUGCACACACCCCACUCUUUUACAGCAAGCAGGAGCAGGCACACGAGAACAAAAUGACAAGUACAGUGCACGAGACCAACACACCAGAAACUUCACUCAGUCCAAACAAAACAAGCAAACUGUUGGCAAAGAGAUCUGAAUCCUUGCCUACUUCUCAAAAACCUGAUCUAUCACAUGUCACUCGUCCAAUCUCAGAGAGGGGAAGCAAGGAAGGCGUAGCAAGGCAACUAGACUUCAAAGAUGACAUGGCCGUGGAUUUGAGUGACAGCAAUCAGGCACCACGCAAAGACAAGAUUAAGAGAUUCUGGACAAUCUUGUACAAGAAGCGACCAAAGUUAAGGGUGCCAACGGCACAAUGUGAUGAUUCAGUAAGAGAAAUUGACAAUGAUAUUAGAAGUGCUGAGAGGAGUUCCUUAAGUGUCUUGGAUUCGGAUACUCCAAAUGGAGUAAACGUUGCAGGAAAUCGCCGUUGUGGCUUUAGCGAUAGUUUUUCAGCUACACAUGAUAAAAUAUCAGGGAUCCCAUCAAGCAAGGAUAACCACAGGACAGUGCCAAGUCAAAUGCAAAGCAAGCAAGAAUUUUCUGGAGUUGAUACCACUCCUAUAGGAAGACCAAGUUUCUCUUACAGUGGGAGCAUGAGAAAGAAAAGGCUCGUCAAGAAGAUCUUAUCACCGAUCUUCAAAUCUAGUUCCCAAGAGGAGGACAUGAGCAACCAGGCCUCAAGUCCAACAGGCGAGGUUCCUCAGAGCCCGGACGUGGUUGACUCUAACGUCCCAGACCUCUCUCAGCGCCUGAUUGAUAUUGACGCCUCGCUAUUUGCGCGGGAAAUCACGCUUAUUGACAAAGAACUGUUUAUCAGAAUACCUUGGCCGGAGCUGGCAAACUGUGGCUGGAUGACUAAAGACAAGUACGUGACUUCACCUAACGUUAUGGCGAUGGUGGAGUUUUUUAAUCGCGUUGCACUUCUUGCGGCAUCUGAAAUUUUAUCUCAGGACACGCCCAGUGGACGAGCUAGAGCGAUCUCUAAAGUCAUCCAGAUUGCUGAUAAGUGUCAUCUCUUAGGAAACUUCAAUUCUCUCAAGGCUCUGUUGGCUGGUCUCCAGUCCACUCCUGUCUACAGACUGAAAGAGACCUGGAAAGAAGUCCCUUCAAAGAGGAAAAAGAAGUUUCGCGAUUUGUCAAUCCUCAUGGGAGAAAGUGACAAUUUCUCAUUGUACCGCUCAGAACUGUCCGCCUGUUUGGAAAAUGGUCCGUGUUUACCAUUCCUUGGGAAUUUCUUGACUGAAAUUGCUCAAACGCACACAUACCUGGCUUGCAAAAGAAAGAAAUUAAUCAAAGGAGGAAAACAGUCUCCGUUGAUGGGGCGAAACGACAAACUUGAUAGGACAGACGGAACCAUAAUGAACGGUGCAACUCCAAAACGUAACGGCAUGACCGAGAAUGGCGUGACACCAGACUGGCAAACGUCACCGCGUGACAAGGAAAAUGUCACGCACGAGAAAAGCGAGAAGCGGACUGCGAAAGUAAAGCGGACGCCAUCACGAAGCAAACUGUGGAGAUUUCACAAUCGUCAGAGCAUAAACGACAGUGGUGUUAUGUUGAAUCGCAGCAGGAACAGCAGCACAGAGGUGUUGGACAUUCCUGAUGGAGAUCUACGCAAAGGUCUCACUUCGAGCUCAGAUUCUGUGAUCACGAGCUCAAGUUCGCUCAAUGAGAGCCCUCGUAACGCGACCAGCGGUAACUCGCGCACGCCCAGUAGACCGCCGCUGCUGAGGAGACUUUCUGAAACGUCGACAAAUCACAACGGGAUCUCGUUUUUGAUGAAGCCGAAGAGACGACUGUCGGAGACUAAAACGGGCGAGAGUCGGCGCUCGUUUCUCAAAGGACUUGUUCGUCGGACGCCGAGUAGUCAGUCCGUGAAGGAAGGCAGAGUGUCGCGGGGAUCGUCUUCGGAAAAGCUCACGGUCAGCCUCAGCACACUGUCGGUCACAGAGAACUUGAACAAUUUAAAAUUCAAAGAUCUGGCCAAAUCACAGAGUAGUCCAUCGGUCAAGGAGGGAGGGAGGCUGUCCCCUGAACUCAGCCCAGGUCCCCUCGACAGAUCACCUGAUAUCCAGGUGAAGCUCUCGUCGAGUAACAAUUCUUUCGUGGAGGACACGCCGAACACCAGCAGUCACGCGUUACAAUCAGGCACGGAGAAACAGUUGUGGGUUUACCAGAUCGCUUCAAUCCAAUACGACUUUGUCAGUCGUCCAUUCGUCCGCCAUUUCCUUCUGAACGCUUCGUUUAACUCUGAGGAAGACAACUACAGGCUCUCGCUAAAACGGGAAAUUCCAGCAAAGAAAACUGCCAGCUGACCCACCACUGCAGACUCGCACGAGAGCGUUUCUCAUGCGCUGUCACCAUGGCAACAGAGACUUGGAAUCAGUCUUUCUCUUCGCAGAUUUUAUUCCUCGAUAAAAUUCUUUGCAUAUCCGUACUCAUCUCGUUUCUACUCUCUCACGGCCAAAGAGGACUGAGUUGGUCUGGAGAGUAGAGGACGACCCAGCUCAGGAACUGAACGCUAUUAUAUGUUCACAUCCAUAGUUUGUGAAAAUUGACACUAUUGACUACAAGAAAAAUACUUUGUCGUUCCCUUGCAAAAGCAUCGUAGUACUUUUAAUAUACUCUAAUAUAGAAUACAUAAAGUUAUUUUAUGCAUUAAGUAUGAAGAUUUAUUUUAAUUGGAUUAUAAACGACGUUAUUUUUACAUUGAAACAGACGUAAACUACCGCAGUGGUUUCAUUAUAUUUUAAAAACAUCUUACUUAUCUUCUGUUCCCUUGUAAUUAUUCCAAAUGUUAACCUCACACUGUGCAUCGUAUUAUUAGAAAUUGUAAAUAUUUUAUUAAGCAGAUUAUCGAAUAUUAUUGUUGAAAGCAAUAAUAAACAUAAAAUCAGCCAAGAUGGUACAAAUUCA